UAGUGUUUGCAAACGCGAUAUGUUGGAUCGUUCGUGCCAUAGGAACUAGUUCGCGCGUUCCAUGUUUACAUUUUGAGGUGGCCGAAUUAUAACCAACCGAUGGAAACUGUCAAUGCUACCUACUCGUAUCUGACGAACAUGGAGGUGAUGCAGGUGCUGCAGAAAAUCAAAAGCACCAAAAAGAAGUUCGGCCUGCGAAAUCUGGCCACAGUUACCUACGAGGCCCUGCAAUAUCUGGAAGAGUCGCCGUGCAAGACUCAGACCCGUGAGGGCAUCAUAAGCUACGUGAAGGACCUGGCCAACUAUCGCCUGAAGUCCCACGAAGUGCUACAAAUGGUCAACGAUCCGCCCACCAGUCCGCUGCACACACAAUUACUGAUCGAUGACAACAAAUCUCCGUUGACGGACGAGGAGAACGAGAAAAUCAUCCAACUGACAUACAAACACUUUUACGGAGUGGAACCAACGCCACAGCCUGCCCAAGCCCAGCCACAGUCUGCAGCCAAAGAAAGCAAAAGGGCGGAGCAGAAGCAGUCCCAGCCGCCGGCAGCACCACAAACGGAGGGGCAAGCCGAGCCAGAGAAGGAGAAGCCGGAUGAGGCGAACAAAUAGCAUUUAAGGGCUUUAACGUUUAAUAUUUUAUUGUAGCGUAUAAAAGAAGACAGUAAUAUUUA